UCGUGCGUGCGUAAUUUGCAAAUUGGCGCUGGCAUUCGGCUUUGAGUUUUGUGUUUUGAAUCCUGAUUUGAGUCAGGACGUUUUAGGCCUGCUUUUCCAGUGUGCGUUUACGAUGCUGAUUCGUAAUUGUCUUUUGUAUACGUUGUGUACGCGCUGCACCUCUCUCCUCACGCUCUCCCGCUCUCCCUUGUCUUGAGUGUGUGCGCCUGUGUGCGUGAGAGUGAGUGAGAGUUUCGUGGUGGGAAAAUAAUUAUUGAAACAAAUACAACAAAUACAUUUGCUUAGUAUUUUGUCAAGUGACUGGCUGGAAAGCCAAGAAGCACGGGCUUCAAGAAAAAGUGUCGCCGAGGCGGAUUAAACUUGAAUUCUUUGUGCGCAGCUGCAGGAACGUCAAGAUGCGUCAGUUUAACAUCUCGGUCAUUGGACUAUCCGGGACCGAAAAGGACCGCGGCCAGGUGGGAGUGGGCAAGUCAUGCCUGUGCAACAGAUUCAUGCGCCCGAUGGCCGACGACUACUUCAUCGAUCACAUAUCAGUGCUUAGCCAGAGCGACUUUAGUGGCCGGAUCGUAAACAAUGACCACUUCCUCUACUGGGGCGAUGUGCGCAAGACGACGGAGGAGGGCGUCGAGUACCAGUUUAAUAUCAUCGAGCAGACGGAGUUCAUGGACGACUCCACAUUCCAGGCCUUUAAGGUGGGAAAGAUGGAUCCAUACUCGAAGCGGUGCACGGCCACCAAGGUGUUCUCCGCGGAGAAGCUUAUGUACAUAUGCAAGAAUCAGUUGGGCAUUGAGAAGGAGUACGAACAGAAGGUCAUGCCCGAUGGCCGGCUCAGUAUCGAUGGCUUUGUGGUCGUCUUCGACGUGAGUCCAGUGCCCAAUCGCAGUGUGGAGAAGCAGGUGGAGUUCGUGCAGAAUGUCAUCGCCACCAUACUGAAGAACAAGAAGCCCCUGGUGCUGGUGACGACAAAGAACGACGACGCCUAUGAGUUGUAUGUUCGCGAGGCGGAGAAGAUAAGCCAGCGCAAGGAUUACAAGAGCACCGUGCAGCUAAUUGAGACGUCGGCCCACGAGAGCAUCAACAUCGAUUUGGCCUUCCUCCUGCUCGCCCAGAUGAUCGACAAGGUUAAGAAUCGGGUCAAGAUCAUCUCGUACCAGGAGUCGGCCAAGUCGCGCAAAGAACUGCUGGACACACGAUCCGAGGCGGUGACGCGACUAAUUCGCAACCAGAUUACCGACUAUCAUGUCCUGUGGUCGCAGGGCUCCAAGAUGCUGUCACAGUACCGCGAGUGGAACGAGUUUCUCAACAUAUUUGGUCACGAGGCUGGCCAGAAACUAUUCCGACGGCACAUGAAGAAGCUGCGCGACGAUCAUCUGAACAAAAAACUGCAUCAGUACUUGGACAAGUUUGCCCUGGCCCUGGAGUACCUGCUGCCGGACAUUGGGGCUUUGAAUAUCAGCGAUGACGAUGCUUGGGAGUGCGCCAGGAACUAUCUGCAGAAUCACAUCGAGUUCGAGCAGUACUUCUUCGAGUGCCCGCAGGCCUCGUGGACGGAGCUGGUGGACAUGGACGAGGCGGAGGAUGAGGCCCGCAUUCCCUUCGAUGUGCUGGAGACUUCCGAGGCAGAGACUGUCUUCCGUAACUACUUGAACUCGGUGCAGCAGGACAAGAAAAAAAUUGGAUGGAAGCAGCAAUUCAAAAUGCUACUCGAGGAGUCGGGUUUUGUGACGCCCGGCAAGCAACUGUCCGAGGUGCGCGUCUUGUUCAUGGGACGCGAAUGCUUUGAGGCGCUUUCGGAGCAUGAUUGCCAGCAGAUCUACGACAUCCACCAGGACGACAUCAUUGAGAAGAGCAAACAGAAUUUUGUGGAGCUUCUGCUGGAACACGCUCAAUAUUUUCUACAGUUCAAGAACGUUGACAACAUCACGCAGGAAGAUGUGCGCCAGAUCACCGAUGUCAUACAGGAGGAUUCACGCUACAAGAUGCUCGAUCGCUUGGACCAGGAGCGGCGGUUGAUGCUUGUCCAGCACCUGCGCUUCAUCCACUGCCCCAUCCGCGAUCACUGCCCCUUCUUCUACAACUGCGUGGAUAGCCUGAUUGAGGAGGUGUUAUCCGACAAGUCGGCCAGCAACCACAAGACGCCCAGCGGCGGUGGCUGGAAGAGUUCCGGCAGCGGCAGUGACCGCACGCUCAAUCUGCUGAUCGUGGGCUCUGAGCACCUGGCCAGCGAUCUACUCAACGACAUCCGCAUCUGCACCGGGAGCAAGGGCGAGUACAUCUACGAGAACCAGACGUAUUAUCUCAAUUACCGCAUCGCCAACGGCGACAUGGAGGCCUUCAAGGCCAUAGAUGUCUACUCGAGUGGUCUCAUUUGCGUGUAUUCCAACCAGCAAUCUUUUGAGACGCUCAAGGACAACUUGGAGCGCACGCUGCUCUGCAAUCUGGAGCUGGAGGACAAGUUCGAGAACCUGCCGAUCGUGCUGGUCUACCAGCCACAGGAUCUCAAGGAGAACGAGGUGGAAUACUUGCGCAACGAGGGCAUGCGCCUGUCGGAGAUGCUGCACUGCGACUUCAUCGAUCAUACGCAGAAUCACCAGAAGUACGUCUACGACAUACUCAACAUAGUCAUCCUGUCGCUGAAGCUGACUGAGAUGAAGAGCUACGAGCCGUAUCCCUCCAAUCACACCGACCUGCGCAUCCUGUGCUGCAUCUUCUGUGGGGAUCAGUACGACAUCGAGAACAUUGUCCAGCCGCUGGUGGAGGAAUCGACGCUGGUCAAAGCCAACGAACACUCCAUCAUUAUCGACGUCUUCAUUGGCGAUGCCAAGCGGCGGGUCGAGUUUAUCCUUUCCUCAUAUCAUGGCACCAGCCAGUACCGCGAUGAACUAAUCCAUGGCUAUAUUUACUUUUACUCGGCCAAGCGUCGAUCAUCGUUGGCAAAUCUAAGCAUCCUGGCAGCCCAGAAUGCCAACAUUCCAUUGCAGAUUAUCGCGGUGACCGAGAGCGGGGGCGUAAAUGCCUUCUUCAACAGCGAUAUUUGCCAGUAUCUGAUCACCGAGGGCAAUGCGGUGGCCGAUCGCUUCAAGGGCAGCUUCAUGACCUUCUCGGCGGAUCAGUAUGUCAAGUUUGCAUUCUAUAAUCCAUUCCUGAAGACGGCCUGGGACAACAAGUACGAGGUGGAGAACCUGCAUGUGGAGGAGUCAAUUACUUUGGAUUCGGGCGAGGGCACGCUGGAGAACUCGGUUAACCAGAUGCCACGCCCGCCGCCGCGCCACGAGAGCUACAUGCUGUCCAAUACGUUGGGAACCGACGGUUCCGGCAGUGAGAACUACGAAAUGGCUCCAACCCGAUCUCUCAACUCAUUAAAUGAAGAAAGAGAUAUAUCAUUAGAUGAAAUCUACGAUGACAACGAAAAGCCGAAGCACCUGCAUCAAAAGUGGCUGGAGGACAAGAGCGAUGGGCGGCGCAACAUGAACAAGAACUUGAUUUGGAACAACUUCAGCGGAUCCACACAUGCCUACACCACCGGUCGCCGGCACAUCGACUCCAAUCUGAACAAAAUCCGCCCAAAGGGACCCAGUCAAACGCUCAAAGUGGGCGAGGCGCCCAGUCGCAAUUGCCCGGCCAUGAGCUCCUCCACCUUCACCCUGCCCACCCAGCAGCCGGGCAAGCUGAACAUGAAGAACUUCCAGCUGGUCAGCGAUGCGGUGGCCAAGAUGAAUUUCACCGGCUCCGGUUCGGGCUCGGGAUCCGGUUCGGGUUCGGGCAGCACUGGCCUGGGCCUGGGUCUGGGCUCCGGCAGUGGCUGCAUGGGGGAUUCGUAUCUGGAGCCGGUCGACAAGGACGGCAAGCGGUACGAUCAUGCCCAGCUGGAUGGCGAGGAUGAGGAUUCCGAGGAGCUCGCCGAGUACGAGCAGAUCUACGAAAACGAAGACUGCACCGAAUCGGAUAGCUGUGCCAGUUCCACGGAGCGACGAGUGCGCCAGCAGAAUGCCUACUACAAGGCCAGCAAGAAGCCGGUGGCCGCCAAGAAGCAGAAGAAAAAGAAGGUGGCCAUUCCGGUGCAGACGCCGCGUGUUCCUCCGUUCGGCUCCUAUGUGAGUCCGCCGGAGAUUCCGCUGCACUACCAGCGCAUGGCCAUUGGCGGCGGCGGGCCAGGUGAGAAAAAGAAACCAGAGCCUUGCGUUCCCGAGUUCAUGAAGAGCGACAAGUCGCCAGAGUAUUCCAUGGUGCCAGAGCUGGCGGGUGCCGGCAUCUUCGGUGCAGAGAACUUGCCCGAGUACAACAUGAACCAGGCCAAAUGCUUGAAGGACUUUGAAAAGCUGGAGAAGCGGCGUAUCAAGGAGGAGACGGCCAGGCAGCGCAAGCUCCAGGAGAAGGAAAAGGAGCAGGAGAAGAAGCUCAAGCGCAAGCUCAAACAGAAUGCCAAGGGCCUGGUUGAGUCCGUGGAGGCGCAAUUUGGCAAGCUGAUGAUUACCUCCGAACAGGGCGAGAUCCCCAUCUUCCUCAACAAGUGCGUCGAGUUCAUCGAGAAGGAGGGCCUGGACUCCGAGGGCAUUUACAGGGUGCCCGGAAGUAGAGCGCAUGUCGACAUGCUGUUCCAACGCUUCGAAGAGGAUACCAAUACUGAGAUUGAUGCGCUGGACAUUCCCGUGAAUGCCGUGGCCACGGCACUGAAGGACUUCUUCUCCAAGCGCCUGCCUCCGCUGUUCAGCAAGGACAUUAUCAAGGAGCUGGAGGAGAUUGCCGGUUCCCGAGGCGUGGGCAAUUCCAAGCUAAAUGUUGAGGUCAAAACGGACCGGAGUUGCCGCUUGAUAGCUUUAAAAUCGCUGCUCCAGAAGCUGCCGCCCAUUAACUUUGCCAUACUCAAAUACAUAUUCCAGCACUUUGUGCACGUAUCGGACAACUCGAAGCUGAAUAGCAUGGACAGCAAGAACUUGGCCAUCUGCUGGUGGCCCACACUCAUACCCAUCGACUUCACCGACAUGGGCCACUUCGAGCAGCUGCGUCCGUAUCUGGAGGACAUUGUCCAGACAAUGAUUGACCAGUUCCCGUAUCUGUUCUGCGGCAAGGACGCUUUUGUCAUGGUCUAGGCCUAGAUCCCCGCCAGGCCAUGGCACAAUUGGACUUCUACUUGACCGCCGGACGCGAAGCCAAAACGAGAUAGUUAGAUUCAAUGUGCGUUUGUGUAUGAAUGUGGGCGCCCAUGUGCCAGUGCCAUGUGUGCCAUGUGU